CACAUAGGACAUAUUGCUUUUCCUUCUGUCUGCUUCAUUUGUUUGUGCCUCUCUGCUCCUGAGUCCUGACACGGUGUCCCAAAUUAGUAAAGAGUGAGAAGUAUCAAGAACUACAGAGGGGGGAAAAGGAACAUCAUGAUGAAGGCACAUCAUUCUGAAAGCAAUCAGACAUGCAAAUAGCCCAUUUAAAACUCAAGCAAAUACUGGAGGAGGUUUUAAAAUAGCAAUACAAGCAUGUUUCCCAUGAAUUACAAGACUGAAGGUAAAAGGAAGCAGCAGCAUAGCUUGAAUUUACUGGAUCAAAUAAAAAGUAUGAAAAAUUUAACUGAAAUGAUUGAUGUGGUCUUGGUGGCCGAAGGUGAAAAGUUCCCUUGCCACAAACUGAUGCUGGCUGCUUUCAGCCCUUAUUUCAAAGCAAUGUUUACCUGUGGCUUGGUUGAAUGCAUGCAAAAAGAAGUGGUCCUGCAUGACACGCCUGCAGAAAGUGUGUCUGUCCUUCUUCACUACGUGUACACUGCUGAGCUACACCUCACUAAUGACAAUGUGCAGAGUGUGGCUGUUGCAGCAUUUUUCAUGCAAAUGGAUAAUGUUUUCAACAUGUGUCAGAAAUACAUGAUGGAUCACAUGGAUGCUUCCAACUGUGUAGGGAUCUAUUACUUUGCAAAACACAUCGGGGCAGAAGAGUUGGCUGACCAAGCCAAGAAGUAUUUGUACCAGCACUUUUCAGAGGUGAGCCUGCAUGAAGAAAUAUUAGAGCUAGAAGUGCAGCAGUUGCUAUGCCUGAUCCAAUCAGAUGAUCUUAACGUAUCCAGGGAAGACAGCAUUUUGGACUUAGUUCUCAGAUGGGUUAACCACAGUAGGAAAUUGCGUGCAGAUAACCUCAUUGAGCUCCUGAAGCAAGUGCGGCUCACACUUGUAAGCCCUUCAUUCCUCGUGGAAGCUCGGAAAAGGAACACAGUGCUUCUGAGUAAUUCACAAUGCAGUGAUAUGAUUGAGGGAGCAUUAGAAACCAUCAAGAAAUCCAACCAGCCCGCUCUCACUCUCCGCUAUGGGAUGGAGACCACAACUCUUCUACUUUGUAUUGGCAAUAACCCUCAGGGUAUCAGAUCAAGACAUGGUAAUUAUGCUGAUGCCAGCUUCUGUUAUGCUCCUGCGACACAAAAGACUUACUUUAUUUCCUCCCCCAAAUAUGGAGAAGGCCUGGGAUGCAUAUGCACUGGUGUGGUUAAUGAGAACAAUGAUAUCGUUGUGGCAGGUGAGGCAAGCGCUGCCAAAUUGUCAAGACAAAAGGCCAGGAAAAUAGAAAUUUAUAGGUACAACAGCCAGGGAAAUCAGUUUUGGCAAAGUCUGUGUACUGCCCAGCUUCGUGAGCUGUACGCUCUGGGUACUAUUCAUAAUGACCUAUAUGUUAUAGGAGGUCAAAUGAAACUUAAAAAUCAAUACCACAUCACAAACUGUGUGGAGAAGUACUCCAUGGAACAAGAGAACUGGAGAACUGUGGCUCCUCUCCCAGUGCCCUUAGCCUGCCAUGCUGUGGUCACAGUGAAAAACAGGUUGUACGUAAUGGGAGGAUGGACACCACAGAUGGAUCUCCCUGACGAUGAGCCUGAUCGAUUAAGCAACAGAAUGUUGCAGUAUGACCCAAGCCAAGACAAAUGGAUGGAGCGCACCCCAAUGAAGUACUCGAAAUACCGCUUCAGCACAGCCGUAGUCAACAAUGAGAUUUAUGUCUUGGGUGGUAUUGGCUGCCUUGGCCGAGACAGAGGACAGGCACGGAAAUGCCUUGAUGCAGUGGAGAUCUAUAAUCCUGAUGGGAAUUUUUGGAGAGAUGGGCCUGCUAUGCCUUAUCCUCUACUCUCCUUGCGAACUAACUCUACCUGUGCUGGUGCAGUAGAAGGGAAGCUCUAUUUCUGUGGAGGAUUUCGUGGAGCAGCACGGCAUGAAGUUAUCACCAAAGAGAUCCUGGAGCUGGACACUUGGGAAAAUCAGUGGAAUGUUGUGGCUGUCAAUGUCCUCAUGCAUGACAGCUAUGAUGUCUGUCUUGUUGCUCAGCUGAACCCACGAGAUCUUAUUCCUCCUCCUCUUGAUUUAGUAGAGCAAUAGGAAUGCAGAUUUCCUUAGCAGUUAAGUUGAGAAGUUUAGAACCCAGAAUUUCAUGCAACUGGUCUGCAAUGUUAACUGGAUUCCUAAGAGAUGAGUCCACAACAGGGGCUUAAUACAGUGAAACCCAGCUGCUAUAAUGCAUCUUUAUAUAAUCAAAAAUCAAGUUUUGUUGAUUAGUAGAGCUACACAAUUCUUUCUCGUUUAAAAAGCAUCUUCAAUUUUGUUUUGUUUGUUAUCACAUCACUUUGUUAGCAUUGUUGCUUCCCCUCCUCCCUCCCCGUGCUAGGGCUGAGGAUGGAGAUGCUGAUUUGGCCAAGCAGGCUGGUGUGGGAAUUAACAGGAUGCAAAUGAAAGGAAAAUGUGGCUUUCAGCAGGCAGAACUUGCUCUGUGUUAACAGUGAUGUUUGCAAAUAAGGACCCUUCUUUCUUGCAGACCUCUGAAAAACCAAAACAGACUAGAGGUGGGAUCUCACCUAGACCACAUACAACAUUAGAUCUAUUGAGGUGUGGAAGCAGGUAUCAGCAUCUUACCAAGUGGAUCCUAACUCCUUCAGUGGUGAAAGAGAAAAGAGCGGCCUCUUUUGAUAACUGAAAAGAUUAUUCUGGGGAUCCACAAGGAUAAAAGCCAUGCAAAAGAUGGGCUGCAGUGAAGAUGGAAGUCAGAUGAGAUCAAAUGCAAAAAGUGAUAGGCUCCAGCCCUAAUAAAUGUAUCAGAUAUGCUUUCAUAAACAACAAUAAAUUUAUUAGUGCCCCAAGACUGUUAAUAUUUUUGGUUGUAACAAGCUAACACAGCUUUCCUUCUGGAAUUUCUCUCUGGCUGAGGUCUCUUAAUACUCUGGGUUGGUGUGCUCACUUUAGCAAUCAAGACUUUUGUUGGUCUCAGGCUUUAGGAGACCACACUCUUGUUCUUAAUGGGCUGUACAGAGUAGAAACUGAUUGGCUACCUGGAGGCCUUCUGCUAGCAACAGGCAGGCAUUUCAUCAGUUGCACUGAUCUUUCCUUAGUGGUAGGCUGAGAGCCCCUUGUGCUUUAUCUCAGGCUUUUAUUCCCUAUUGCCUUCUUUUUGGCUUAGUCUCCUGGGAUGUCCAAACCUACAUGGUCUUUUGAGCUUUCUUAGAGAGCUAACCUUUCAAGAUUCCCUCCCACAUUGGUAUUCUUGUUCUUUUAUUUGACUAACCUUCUGUUGUGUUUCUGACAUCAGAGUACAGUACUUCCGCUGUUUUCAUCACUUCUGUUGGCAGUGGGAGGAUGUAUUAGGGAAUGGAUGAGGGAGGGAUGUGAGAGAUAUACAGCUAAAUGUAGCGGGAAUAUUGGUCAGGCAGGCCAUAGUAAUGAGAAAGUGUGAUAGUAUAGUUGGGAGAGGAAGGAAUGAAGAAAAGAAGGAAGCAUAGAUUUGAGAGGACAGAGCAUCCACUCCGUGGCAUGUGUCCUAUCACUCCGCAAAGUUGGAUGCCUUCUUUCAACCUAGUAAGAUUUCCUCCAAUUUAAGUGGCUUUUCUGCUGGAGGAAGAGUCACAUACGCUGGAGGAAAAUUUCAAAUUUUUCCAAGAAGAAUGGUAAGAUACAUGCCAGUGAGUGUAACAUGUAGACAGCCCAUAAUUACAACCUUUCCUACAGCAAAUUGAGCAGGAGUGAUGGAUAAGGCAUGUUUUCCCCCUAGUUCUGUUUAAGACUUUGCCUUGAACUAUCAAUCAACAUUUUGAAAAACAAACAAAACAAAACCUCUAUCAUUAAACAAACACAGCCAGUGAGAACUACAGUAGAACUAGUAUGAUAUAGAGCAGUGUGCUCAAGUGGAAUCUGUGUCUCUGUGUUUAAUAAAAAGGAUGAAGCUAGAAAAGAAGCAAAGUUGUGAUUUUAUAAUUCAACUCUUUUCUUCUUAUGUGCCCUGUAGGCAGGAUGCAUCUGGCAGUCAAAAUACUCACAUUUAAAUGUAUCAUCUCUAUAUUGUCAGCACUAGGAAUAAAAAGAAGAUUGAGCGUGUAGUCAAGGAAGUCACAGAUGCUGCCGCUACCCAAACAUCAUACUGUGUAGCGAUGCUGCUGUAUGCGAAAGGGGCCUGAGCUUCUUCAUAUAUGAAAAGAGGCAAUAGUUCAAAACCAGUUUAGGGUACUGUAACUAUCUUUGUGGGGUCUGUCCCACAGAAUAAGAUAUAAAAUGAUCUCUUAUUCAGGUAUACAGGGUAUCAACAUCAUGUAAGAACUUUCUGCACCUCUGCUCUCCUAAAUAAACCUAAGGUUUAUUUGCUUCUGGCCCUUCUAACCUAUUUAUCCAAUAAAAGCUACCAUUUUUAUCUAUUCUUCUCUGUAUCUCUGACUUCUUUAAAAAGCUCUCUUUUGCUAUGGUGGCUUCUGGAGAUGCUCUUUUAUUAUUAUUUUAUUAUUAUUUUUAUUAUUUUUAUUAUUAUUAUUAAGAGGGGUGAUUGAAUGGACCCUAGUAAUUACAGGCCAAUUAGUUUCCUCCAUUAUUCUGUAAGAUGUAUACAUCCUACCUGUAUUACAAGUUAACAGAUUGGAUUUAUUCCAAAUCAGUGAUAGGUCUAGAGCAACCAGGCUUCAUCCAGGGAGUGUCAGCCCUAGACCACUGUAUUGUGCUAAACCAUCUAGCAGAAAAUUAUACUUGUUAUACCAGAGGAAAGUUAUGUGCUGCCUUUAUGGAUUUGAAAUUUACGUUUGAUUCAAUCCCUAGGACCCGUUUGUGGGGAAAACUAAUGAAAACCAUGAUUGAUCGUAGAUUGCUGCGGCUAAUUCAGAUGCUAUAUGAUGAUUCAACUGGUCAGGUUAGGCCUAUUUCCACACACAUUGAAUAAUGCACUUUCAAUGCACUUUAGCAAUCCUUUGGAAGUGGACUUUCCCUCCCCAAAUGUUCACUAAAGAGUAUUGAAAGUGGAUUAUCCAGCGUGUGUGAAAGCAGCCUUAAUGCAAGCCAGAUGGACCACUUUCAAAGACAUUUAUGAUGAGAUCCAGCGUUAAGCAGGGGUGCCUAAUGGCACCACUCCUUUUUAAUCUAUAUCUGAAUGAUCUGGCACCUGCUCUUAAACAAGAUAAAUUCCAUAUGCCAAAUUUGGGAACUCUAGUGAUUCCUAUAUUACUCUUUGCCAAUGAUGCUGUUUUAAUAUUAUGAUCUCCUAUUGGGCUUAGAAGGCUAACAAUCUUUUUCCAACUUUUGUUGGGAGCAUAGUGUGACAGAAUGGGUUUAAAAUGCAAGGAUUACCAAAUGCUGCAUCCAGAGAGUAGAAGGUAAAGGAUUAAAACAACUGAAGGGAGUAUGAUUGACAUGCUGCUGCUCCUCCUCUGUGAUUGAUCAGUGAGAAGGUAACAAAUUGGAGCUGUCAGGAUUGUCAGAGAGAAUCGGAGAUUGGAAUCUGACCAGGAAGGGUCAGACUGAGAAUCCUCUGUGUGAGGACAAAAAAGAAGAGAAAAAUUUGCCCUAACUGGGACAGCUUAAGGUUGAUGAAAAGCUUUUAGUUGAUGAACUAAAGUGGGAAAGCCAGCACUAAUAAUACUUAGACAAGCUAGAACUGGGAGUGUGUGGUUGGCAGAGGAAGUGGGUAGGAGACUCCCUUUCAGUCAAGAGAUCAGGGUUAUGUCUUUACUAGAAGAAUAAUUCCUGCCCAGUGUCUGGAAAGGAGGUUUUGGCUCUGUGAAGUACCCUGGGUCUCGAGUAAAAGGUGUUGAAAACAGAGCACCUAAGCUGUGAAAUGAAAUCUAUGAAGGAAUCUUGUUUAAGUAACUUAAGCCUGAAACUACCAACCUUUCACUUCCAAGAACUACUGAAACUAAGAUUUUAAAAGACUAUUGUGCUUAAUGCUUGUGAAGUAUUCUGUUCAACAAACAAAAUUUACCUCAGCUUUCCUUUCCCUGCCUAUAUGCCAACCCUGCCUGUUGAAUAAACCUGCUGUUAUUAUUUUGAACUUUG